GAUUUUAUAGCAUGAAAGACUAGGGCGAAUAGUGUUCAUUUAUAUAGUUCGGAGCGCGACAUUGGAGAGGCGACUUUGCAUCUCUAGCCCUCUGGUCGUGGUUGUUUCUGUUCAUUUAGUUACUCAGCUAAAAGAAUGCCUUGCAGUCCGUAAUGGCACCCAAGUGGUUUCACAAGCCUUCAAGGAGUGAAUAUUGUGUUUUGAGGCCAUGGAAAUGGACCUGGAGGAUCAGAAUAAAUGUUCAUACAAAUGUCUGCAGAAUGCCACCCCUCCCCCCUGGUGGACAAGUUGUCUUGGGGUCACAUGACCAUUGGAUGUCAGAGCUACAAAGACUGUAAAGUGUGGCCAGGUGGCAGUAGGGCAUGGGACUGGAACGAGACAGGGACAAAGCAUAAUCCAGGGGUGCAGCCUGCAGAUAUUGAAGACAUCCUCACAAGCAAAGUCCAAAUUCUCGUGAUCAGCCGAGGGAUGAACGGAGUCUUGAAGGUACCGCCUAAGACAGUACAAUUUGCUGAAGCAAGAGGCGUUGAAGUUCUUGUGCACUUGACUGAAGAUGCUGUAAAGAAGUACAAUCAAUUAGCAAUACAAGGUGCCAGGGUAGGAGGCGUCUUCCAUUCGACUUGCUAGAUGACAAUCGAUGUGCUGAUCUCUCUUUAGCCCAGAAUGCUGUAAAGGAGUGCAAUCAUAGUUAGCAAAAGAAUCUGACCUUCCACUUGUUAGAUGACAGCCUGGUGUGGUCUCUCUUCAGCCCUGGAAUGCUGUAAGGGAUGAGUUGUAAUAAUAGGAUAGCGAGAACAAGGUGCUAGGAUGAGAAGCGUCUUCCACUUGUUAGGUGAGAACCUUGGGCAUUCCUCUCUAUUUAGCCCAUGAUACUGUAAAGAAGAACAAGUUAGCACGACAAGAUGUUACUGUAGGAGGCGUUUUCCAUUCCAGUUGCUCUCUGUUUAGCCCAUGCUAUAAAGGAGGAUAAGGUCAAGGGUGUUAGGGAAGGAGACGUGAUGAGAAAGUAAGAGCAGAUGGAUUUUAAAUAUACUAUAAGCAAGACUAUUAGCCCAUGAUACUGUAAAAAAGAACAAGUUAGCAAGACAAGUUGUUACUGUAGGAGGCGUUUUCUAUUCCACUUGCUAGAUGACAGCCGAGUCCAUUAAACUCUCUGUUUAGCCCAUGCUA